CAUUACAUGGAACGUAGUCACCCUUCUUUUUACUUUAUUUCCUUUUCUCUCAACAUUUUUUUCCUUCUUUCUCUCUCUAACGGCUUAUAUUCCUCAGAUUUUUGUGUGCAUUGUCUUUUAAAUCACAAUAAAAAUACAUUUAGCUCUAUGCCUAAACCCAGAAAAACCUCUCAGCAAUUAUGAUGGCUAAAGGGGCUUCUAGUUGCCUCUUCUUAUCCCUUUUGUUUCUUCUUAUUAUCUGCUCUUCUGGAACUCUGGUGGGUUUCUCCUAUCAUGCAAGGGGAGAACCUGCAGCUUGUUCAACUAGUAGAACCAUAUCAUUCCUCCAGCUAAACAAGGUGUCCCCAUCUCAGAUCCGAGUCUUUGUAGCAGAUCAUACGGCAUUGAGUACUCUGUCUAAUUCUGGUGUAUCUGUUGAUCUCCAUUUAAAUGAGAGUUUAGUUGAGAAUUUGAGAAGCUCCAACUCAACUGCUAUUUCAUGGCUGAAAACCCACCUAAUAACCGUUCUCCCACAUGUUGACAUAAAAACCAUUGUUGUAACCAGAAUAACUAAUGAUUUUCGAGGGCAAACUGAGUUAGUUAAGCUUUUAUCCACCUUGAAAUCAAUUCAUUCGCUUCUCAGUAGUUUUGAUCUUCACAAGGAAGUAAAGGUCUCAGUAGCAUUUUCAUCGUCGUUCUUACAAAAAAUGAAGAGCGAAAGAGAUCUGCAUAAGAUUUUUGGUUUUAUCAAGAAAACUGGAUCCUCUGUCAUUCUAGAAGCCAUUAUGGAUGGAGAACUGAUCAGCAUGGGAGAUCGAUUUGUUCAGUCUGUGAUUGAAGAAGCCAGUCUUGCCACUUCUAGUCUUCCUUGCACUAACGUUCCUAUAAUUCUGACAAUGAAAAGUUCUGCUGUUCCUAGCUCAGCUGAAGUAGCUGAAUUUACUGCUAAGGUUGAAAAAUCUUUAGAAAACAACGUUGAGAUUACAAGUCGGAUAGCUGCAUUAUAUGCAGAAGUAUCUUCGGUGGAAGAUUUUGUAGAAAAAGAACUUGAGGAGGAAGAAGAGCAGAUCUCUCUUUCUUCUCGUAGAGAACUGCUUAGUAGCGUAAAAAAAACAGCUCAUGAUACUAUCAUCCCACCGACAACAACCUUCCCUACACCUCCCACUUCAACGACACCAGUCUCCUUCCCUCCAAAUAACCCCACACCAAUAAUUGUCACCGUCCCUUCUACUAAUCCUGUCACCGUAACGCCCACAAAUCCUGCAGAAACACCAUCACCAAUUCCCAUCACCACACCGGUCACAGUACCCUCCACAAUUCCCAACAAUCCGACGGUACCAAUCACCAAUCCAGUUACAACACCUACACCCAUCACAGAGCCAGGGGCACAGCCAGUGACUAAUCCUGUAACAACGUAUCCCGCUCCAACAGGAGGUGUCCCAGUCAGCACACCAGUUACAAAUCCAGUCCAACCUCCUGCAACUACAAACGCUCCUGCAAUUCCAGGACAGAGCUGGUGUGUGGCCAGGACUGGAGCGUUGGAGACUUCACUUCAGGCAGCGUUGGAUUAUGCUUGUGGAAUCGGAGGAGCCGACUGCUCACAGAUCCAGCAAGGCGCCAACUGUUUCAAUCCAAAUACUUUACAAAACCAUGCAUCAUAUGCUUUCAAUAGCUAUUAUCAGAAAAACCCAGCCCCAACCAGCUGUGACUUUGGGGGGACAGCAACCACAGUGAACACCAAUCCAAGCAGUGGAUCAUGCAUUUACCCAUCUUCUGCAUCACAAUCAACUCCAACUGCAACACCAGCAACAACGUCACCAACAUCAGGGGCAGGCGUAACAGGCUCCGUCACCCCAACUUCGGUUUUAAAUUCAAGUAACCCUGGCUCAGCUUCUACAACUGUUUUUGGGUCCGAUACACCUCCCAGUGUCAACACAUCAACAUCCUUGUCAGCUGGUUUACAACCUUUUAUUAGCUGCAGCAUUCUGCUGACAUCCUUUGUUGCAGGAGUAAUCUUUCUAGAUGCGUAGAAUUGAGCACCUCGCCAUGUAUAUAAACAGGUUAGAAGCUCAUGCUUCAAGUAGUUUACAAAUCCUCUUUCUGGGGAAAGAUACAGGACUUGAGGUCCAAAGUGGCUGAUCAUAGCGAUAGAUCCUGUUGAAGAUGUUCACCGCCCUACAUAAUCUGCUCAAGAUGUAGAGAUGUUUCUAGGUCUUGGUAAAAAAGAAUAGUUUUCACACGAAAACAUACUGCUACAUAUUAAGUUUAGCGUUAGGGUGCUAUUUAGGGAGAUGACAGUUGUAGGCGAGGCAUGGGUUCGGCGUGUAGAAUAGGUACUGAUAAUCUUGUGUAUCUUUAUCAAGUAGUGGAAUUUGUAGGUUUGAGAUGGAUCCAUGAUGAAAUUAUCAAGAUUAUUGAUGGUUUGCAUAAAGAGCGGAAAUGGUAAAGCUAAUGGUUCUUGAAAAAGGGUCCAUUGGAUGAUUGUCGAGAGCAAAUCUGUACCCUAUGGGAAUUGAAACAUUGAAUGGAUAUCAUUUGCAAAGGGAUUGGACUGGCAAUAAAAAGGGGGUAAUACUUAAAACCCCAUAUUACAUUAGUACCCGUCCGGCAGGUAUAACCGUAUUGACAAAUAUAUGAGCAAGGUCAGUCUAUAUUCACUAAUUCACUAAAAUCUCGAUUUAAAAUUUUUAGAACAAAUCUGAAAUUCAAAUAUCUGUUAAACGCAUCAGCAAUUUCUUAUGUCCUCAAAAAGAAGAAUAGUGGAGAUAAAACAUUGGCUUGGAGAGAGAGAGAGAG